AUGAGUGAAGACAGUCUUCUUUCGAUGACGGACAAUCGGACGGACGGGAUCAACGAACAAGGAGUCUUCAGGCUCAUGGAGGUCAUAUAUACGGUCUUGUCGAAGUAUGUAUGGAUGCUUCCAGUUGUGUUUGGUAUCCCUGGCAACAUGAUCUCCGUCGUCGUUACAACCCGGGAACACAACCGCCACCUAUCGCCGUGCAUCUACAUGUCUGCAAUGGCGUUGGUGGACACCCUAUUGUUGGUCAACACCGCCUGGUUUGUCCCAAUAAUAUUUUGGAAUUUGGCGCAGGAUGCAAGUUUAAAAGCCAGGGGGCUCAUGUUUAAGUUUGCUUGGUACAUCACGUACACAUGUGCCAUUCUGUCCGGCCUCUACCUGGCGGAGAUGUCCACGGAUCGCCUCAUCGCGGUCAGGUUUCCCAUGGCCGCUCCAAGGCUGUGCACGACCAGCAGGGCGCACAAGACCGUUAUCAUAACUACCAUACUCAUCGCAGCUUUGGAUCUCAACAUCUUUUUCACUUAUCAGUACAUAAGAGAUCCAGUAACAGGGUCCGAAAUCCUCCUGGCCUCCUUUCCGAGUGCACCCGUCGUGGAGCUCCUGGCCUCCGGAUUCCAGCUCAUAUUCGGUACAAUCUGUCCCUUUAUCGUAAUUCUCUUUUCCAACACAUGGAUCAUCCUCGCCGUCCGAAAAGCAGCCAAAGAACGCACCAAAAUGGGCACAUCAGAAAAACAUGGCGCCAAAGCUGAAAAGGAUACGGCACAUUUGACGCGCAUGCUCAUUCUGACAGAAGCCAGAAAUCCGGCCAUCAAUAUUUGGCAAGGUUACCAGGCCCUAAUGCCUCCGCACCAUGCGUUCGUCAAUGCAUCAAUCCCAACAAAGGUGAUCGCUGCACGGAGGACUUACCACGGGCUCACUUGGUCCCAGUCGGGAUCAAAAUCAGAAUAG